UUUAAAUUAUAAGCCGAUAACCAUAGUCAUAAGAAGGGGUCUUUGGAAAUAAAAUGGAUCGUAUGAUGAGUCAACUAAGUUGUUAGAUUACAAAUCGUCGGAUUAAAUCCAACACGUAGGUUAUUUCAACACUUUAGAACCUUCCUGAUUAUUAAACAACAUUUUAGACCUAAAACAGGAAAAUUCAAUAGAAUUUAUCCCAAAAAGCCAUAACAAAUUGAGGUUACAAUACGUGGAAUGGAAGGACUAAAGUGACUUGUGGACACAAUCGGCAGAAGAAGCAAAUUUUCUCCUCCAAACUCUCUCCUCCUCCAUUAUCUUAGCCUCCUAAUUUCCAACUUCUCCACCUUUCAUACCUCCCAAAAACAAGGAUCCAUUUUCUCUUUUUUUGCCCCCAUAGGCUCUCAUUGUGCUUCUUGCCCCCACUUCCGUUCUCUUAGGCCCCCAAUUCCCUUCUCUCUCUUUUUUUCACAUUUCAGAAGCCCUUUCUCAUUGGAGACAAAAUGGCCAAUGCAGCUUCUGGAAUGGCUGUGCACGAUGACUGCAAGCUGAGGUUCAAGGAGCUAAAAGCAAAGAGGAGCUAUCGCUUCAUUCUGUUCAAGAUUGAGCAACAACAAAUUGUGGUUGAUAAGCUCGGGGAACCUAAUGAGAGCUAUGAUGAUUUCACCUCCAGUUUUCCUGCUGAUGAGUGUCGAUAUGCUGUCUAUGAUUUCGAUUUCACAACCGAAGAGAACUGCCAGAAAAGCAAGAUUUUCUUCAUUGCAUGGUCACCGGAUUCAUCAAAGGUGAGGAUGAAGAUGGUGUAUGCUAGUUCCAAGGACAGAUUCAAGAGAGAAUUGGACGGCAUUUCAUUUGAAUUGCAAGCAACAGAUCCAAGUGAGAUGAGCUUGGACAUAGUGAAAGGGCGAGCCUGCUAAAGUGACCCCCCCCUUUUGCUCUCUCUCUCUUACAAAUCUUUUUCAUUCUUUCCCUCACUGUAUCCUUUGGGGGCCACCAACAUCUUAUAGCCAUUAUCUAUAACUUGAAUUUUUAAAAACAUUCCAUUCCAAAACCAAGUGAAUCUGUGAAUGUACUAUGUACUCUUCUGUAUAACCUCAAAGCUUUAUUCAAAAAACAAAAACAUUAUGAUAUUUUGGGAUUAAAAAAGCAAAGGGAUUGAACUCUCAAAAACUAAAUUGGCUGCAGCAGAAAAGAGCAUUAGUUGAUGCCGAAAUGUUGUUGCUGCUGCUUUAGAAUUGGUUGAACAGGGUUUUGCUUUGCUUCCAUUUGUCAAAGUGUUGCUCUUAGAAGAUUGUUAUGAUCGUAGCAUGAUGAUCUUUGUUUUUGUACCCCUUUUUUUUACUCGGGUUGAUUGU